CUUCUGCAAAUGCUGCAUCUUCGAAUGCAUAUAAAAUCAACGAUUCCACAAUAGUUACUCAUUCGUUAGUUUGUGCUCACGAGGAAUACUGAACACCAUGCUUAAAUACGUAACAGUAGUGUGCGUACUUGCCGCGCUUUGUGCCGGAGCACCUCAAAAUCCCCAGGAUGUGCAAAUCCUACGGUUCGACAGCGACGUGCAACCAGACGGAUACAGCUUUGCGUAUGAAACCAGCGACGGCACGUCAAGACAAGAAACUGGAAAGCUUGACAAUCCCCAGUCCGAAAACGCAGCGCUAACUGUAACCGGGGAGUAUGCGUAUGUCGCUCCAGAUGGCAAGAAGUACACUGUAACAUUUACAGCUGACACAAACGGCUUCCAACCCAAAACCUCCCUUGGACAAAAGUAGUUUUAGUCAAAUAAAGUUAGCCAUACACGCAAGUACCUCAGAUGUUUAGCUAAGUCCUUACUGUGAGUUUUCAAGUUAAACGGGGCCCCGGAGUUACAUUAAUUUGACAGAAUUGCAUGUAAUGCGUCCGAACUAACAAAGGGAAAUCGUUCUCGCCAUGUUGUGACGAAUAAACUAGAAGUAUAUUAUGAUUCAAUAUUUUUUCAUAUAUUGAAACAAAAUCCAUUGAAAAUAUAUUAUCGAAUCAAAAUGUAUUUCUAAUAGAAGGGAAUUCUAGGGAUAGAAAUUUUCUAUCCCUAGAAGUCACAAAAUGCGCGAAACGAUUUCCCUUUGUUACAGCCCGUUCCCACUUAUCGGCUGUCGGGCCCGGAUUUUAAUCGGAUCGUCCAGUGGCAGGACAUUUUGACACGAAAUUGGUUUCAGACAAGUGUGAAUAGCUUCAUGUUCUGCCACUUAAAAUCCGGGCCCGACAAACGAUAAAUGCGAACCGGCUGUUAAAAAAAAAUUAAUCACGAAAUCUGAUUGACAGAGUCACUACAACAUACAUGUCGAAAAUGUACUUUGUAGGUAUCAUGUAUAUACGUAAACUACUUGAAAAGUUACAGUAACUAUAGAGGCUCUGUAGAGUUUCUGCAAGAAUGUAGCGUGUAUGUUCUGGAAAGUGCCAUUGCUAAGCGACAUACAUACUACAUUUCAAAUAAACCUAUGAGUAUCCUUUUCUGUAUGGCUACUUUUACAUAACUUGGCCUUGGACCGUGUAAAUAACUAAAAUCUUGGUCGAUGCCAGAGUUCCAUCUAUAUACUAACAGAAUUAAAUACUCGAUCUCAGUUAUUACUGCGUAACGCACAUCCGAUGAGAAAAACUGUAUCUUACCUACUUGUGCCAUAGGAUAUACUUACUUUUAUGUAUUUUUACACUUUUGUAUCGAAGCUUUCCUAAAGAAUAAAUUAUUAAAAUAUAAA